AUGGCCUGGGUGCUGCCGGUUCUGACCGAGGAGAGCCUGGACCAGAUCGCCGCGCACAAGUACAAACCUGGGCACUACACAGCGUUGGACUAUGUCUUGAGCCGGCUGUGGGAGGGAAUCGCGCAGGCCUUGCCUAAAUGGCUCGCUCCAAACGCGAUCACCUUCAUCGGCUUCGCACCCCUGGUCUUGGUCUACAUUCUCUCCUGGCAUACCGGUCCGUUUUGCGAUGAAGCACCGCCCCGAUGGCUGGCCUUGAGCUACGUGGGUGCGCUCUACUUUUACCAGACCAUGGAUGCAGUGGAUGGUAAGCAGGCCCGCCGAACCGGCUCCUCCACUCCCCUGGGCCACCUGGUGGAUCACGGCUGUGACUGCCUCACUGGCAUGUCUCAGCAUGCUGCGCUGGUGAUGAUCCUGAUGCCUGCCGACAUGCACUGGGUUUUUCAGUGCAUGCGGUCUAUCCAGACUCCCAUUUUUCUGGCUGCUUGGCAUGACCGCCAUGCAGGCUUUUUUCCGACCAGUCUGGGUCCUAUUGGUGUCACGGAGCUGCAGUACAUGCUGAUGUCACCGAUUCUUCUGACGGCCAUCGUUGGCCCGGAGGUGUGGCAGAGAUGGAUGACAGCGACGGUGGAGCUGCCCUGGGCAUCUGAGACCGUUCGAAUCUUGAUCGUGAAGGCUUGGCUGCUCCAAUCUCUUGUGAUGGCCUUGUACCUCAUUGCCAGAGUGAUGAGCACUCUGUGUACCAGCAGGGGAAUUGCCGGCGUAUCCGCACUGAAGGACCUGUUUCCUGUCCUACUGUUGAAUGUGCUGCUCGGGCUUUGGCAGCCUGGUUUGGUGGCAGCCGCAGGGCGAAUGAUCAGCCUCUUCACAGGCCUGUCAAUCUUCUGGAUGAAUGUGCAGAUGAUCGUCUUCACCAUGGCCGGGACGGAGUUUCCAUGGCUCCAGUGGUCCCCGCUCCUCUACGCCAGCGCUGUAAUUGCCUCCUGGGCUUUGCCGUUGGAGUUCUCGCGGCCAGUUCUCUGCUGCUUUACUGCUGCCCUUGGCCUUGGGCUUCUGUGGUGGUUGCUGUCGGUUGUGGAGCAGAUCAAAGCGAAGCUGGGGAUCUAUGCCUUUUGCAUCACCGAGAAGUACCAAGCGAG